AUGAGCUUGAAUCCGAGCAAAAAAUCAUAUUCGUGUGAAUCUUGUUCGAAGGUAUUUUCCCUGGCUUCAAGCUUGACGAGACAUAAAGUAAUCCACACGGGUGAAAAGCCGUUUUCGUGUGACUCUUGUCCAAAGACAUUUUCUCAGUCUGCUAGCUUAAUAACGCAUAAAAAAAUUCACACCGGCAAAAUAACCCCGUAUUCGUGUGAAUACUGUUUGAAAGCUUUUCCUAAACCUUCAGACUUGAAGAAUCACAGACGUACCCACACCGGGGAAAAGCCCUUUGCGUGCGAAUAUUGCCCAAAAGCGUUUGCCAGAUCUUCCGAUUUGAAAAUACAUUUGAGGAUCCACACCGGGGAGAAGCCUUAUGCUUGCGAUUAUUGCUCAAAGGCGUUUACGAACGACCCCUGCUUGAAGGAACACAUGAGGAUUCAUACUGGCGAAAAGCCGUUUGCGUGCAAGUAUUGCUCAAAAACUUUUUCUAAAUCUUCCAUCUGGAAAGAACAUGAGAGGACCCAUACAGGAGAAAAACCAUACCCUUGCGAGUAUUGUCCGAAAGCGUUUGCCACAUCCUCCGUUUUGAAAGAGCACGUCAGGACCCAUACCGGCGAAAAGCCAUAUGUAUGCCAGCAUUGCUCGAAGCGAUUUUCCGGCAAUGCCAACUUAAAAAGGCACGUGAGGAUGCAUACUGGCGAAAAGCUGUAUGCCUGCCAGUAUUGCUCGAAGACAUUUGCCGGUGCGUCGAGCUUGAAGCAGCAUGAAAGGUAUCAUACUGGCGAAAAACGAUACUCGUGUGAGCAUUGCUCGAAGAUGUUCUUCCACGGCAACGACUUGAAGAAGCACGUGCGAGUCCAUACUGGCGAAAAGCCAUACGUGUGCAAGUACUGCCCGAAAGCAUUUGCGCAAGCUCCGCACCUGAAGUGUCACAUCAGGACCCAUACUGGCGAGAAGCCGUACACGUGUCAAGUUUGCUCGAAGACUUUUUCUGAGAAUUCAAGCUACAAGUGUCACAUGGUGACCCAUACGGGUGAGGCGCCGUACUUGUGUGAGUUAUGUUCGAAGACGUUUCCUUCGUCUUCGAAGCUGGACAGACACAUGAAGACUCAUACGGGGGAAAAACCCGAGCGGCUAUUUUCCUGCGAAAUCUGUUCAAAGGCGUUCCUUACGGAUGCGCAUUUGAAGAGACAUUCGACCGUCCACACGAAUGAAAAGCAGCAUUCGUGUGACUUUUGUGCGAAAGCGUUUUUUCAUCUUCAAGAAUUGAGGAAACAUGUGCGAGAGAAGCAUGAUUUAUCCGUGAAUGAUCCACAAAAGCAAACAGAACCUAAAAGAUGUAAAGGAAUACCCCUAUCUGGACCAAUGAUUCAAGAAAAAGCUUUGAUUCUCAACUCGAAGCUUGGUGGUUCUGAUGACUUCAAAGCCAAUAGUGGCUGGUUAGAGGAAUUCAAAAUUCGCCAUGAUCAAAUUUACAACUGCGAUGAAACCGGACUGUAUUGGAAGGCCCUUCCUGAAAAAACUUUAGCUGCAGUAAAUGAAACUUCUGCUCCCGUAAGGAAACGAAUGAAAGAUAGGGUCACUGUUUUAGCCUGCUCCAACGCAUCGGGUUCCCACAAGCUUGAACUAGCUGUUGUUGGGAAAAGCUUUGAAAAUUGUGGUGAUAGAGAAAUUACAGAUUGGUUGAAUUGUGACAUGGAAGAUGCAGGCUUGCAGUUGCUCAAUGAUGAGGACUUAAUAGCAGAAGUCCGGAAUUCUCCAAAAGAAGAUGAUCAUGAUGAUGAAAAUGAUUCUGGAACAAAUAAGAUAAACAUGAGUGUUAACACUAGCACAAAGUCCUAUCCAUGUGAAAGUUGCUCAAAAACAUUUCCUCUGCCUUCCAAGUUAAAGAGACAUAUCAGGACCCACACUGGUGAAAAGCCGUUUUCGUGUGAAUCGUGUUCACGCACGUUUUCUGAAUCUUACAGCUUAAUGAGACACAAGAGAAUCCACACUUUAGAAAAACCGUUUCGUUGUGAUUCUUGUCCGAAGGCAUUUUCUCACAUUCAAAGCUUACAGACACAUAAGAGAGUCCACACCGGAGAAAAACCCUUUUUUUUAUCUUCAGUGAUGGCGUGA